GCCAAGAUGGCGGCGGCGCGGCCGCGGGCGCCAGGGCGACGGCGGCGGCUGAGGCUCUGGGCUCGCUGAAGCGUUGGCACGUCGCGCUCUGGGCUCAUGUAAUCAAAGAAGUUUCUUUGUUGUGUGUAUCUUCACAGAACACAACAGGAAUUGAAAAUGCAUCAGAACACUGAGUCUGUGGCAGCCACUGAGACUCUGGCUGAGGUGCCUGAACAUGUGCUUCGAGGACUUCCAGAGGAAGUAAGACUUUUCCCAUCUGCGGUCGACAAGACUCGGAUUGGUGUCUGGGCUACUAAACCAAUUUUAAAAGGGAAAAAGUUUGGGCCAUUUGUUGGUGAUAAGAAGAAGAGAUCCCAGGUUAGGAAUAAUGUGUACAUGUGGGAGGUCUACUACCCAAAUUUGGGGUGGAUGUGCAUUGAUGCCACCGAUCCGGAGAAGGGCAACUGGCUACGCUAUGUGAACUGGGCUUGCUCAGGAGAAGAGCAGAAUUUAUUUCCACUGGAAAUCAACAGAGCCAUUUACUAUAAAACCUUAAAGCCAAUCGCGCCUGGCGAGGAGCUCCUGGUCUGGUACAAUGGGGAAGACAACCCUGAGAUAGCAGCUGCGAUUGAGGAAGAGCGAGCCAGCGCCCGGAGCAAGCGGAGCUCCCCGAAGAGCCGCAGAGGGAAGAAGAAAUCACACGAGAACAAAAAUAAAGGCAUCAGAACCCACCCCACACAGCUGAAGGCAAGUGAGCUGGACUCCACCUUUGCAAACAUGAGAGGCUCUGCAGAAGGUCCAAAAGAAGAGGAUGAGAGGCCUGUGGCUUCGGCACCUGAGCAGCCAGCCCCUCUGCCGGAGGUGGGCAGCCAAGACGCAGUUCCACAGGUGGCCAUCCCUCUCCCUGCCUGCGAGCCACGGCCAGAGGCAGAUGGGAAACAAGAAGUCACAGACUUCGAGGUCAAUGAUGUGGAGGAGGAAGAGGAGGAGGAAGAGGAGCUGGAGGAGGAGGAGGAGGAGGAGUUGGGAGAAGAUGGGGUAGAAGAAGCAGACAUGCCGAAUGAAAGCUCUGCGAAAGAGCCAGAGAUCCGGUGUGAAGAAAAGCCAGAAGAUUUAUUAGAAGAGCCACAGAGCAUGUCGAAUGAAACUCGUGAAGACUCUCCAGACGUGACCCCCCCUCCCCACACUCCCAGAGCUAGAGAGGAGGCCAACGGUGAUGUACUUGAGACAUUUAUGUUUCCGUGUCAGCACUGUGAAAGAAAAUUUGCAACGAAGCAGGGGCUAGAGCGUCACAUGCACAUCCACAUUUCUACCAUCAAUCAUGCUUUCAAGUGCAAGUACUGUGGGAAACGGUUUGGCACACAGAUUAACAGGAGGCGGCAUGAACGGCGCCACGAAACGGGGUUGAAGAGAAGACCCAGCAUGACUUUACAGUCCUCAGAGGAUCCAGAUGAUGGCAAGGGGGAAAAUGUUACUGCUAAAGAUGAGUCAAGUCCACCUCAACUUGGGCAAGACUGUUUGAUAUUGAACUCAGAGAAAACCUCACAGGAAGUACUGAAUUCAUCUUUUGUGGAAGAAAAUGGUGAAGUUAAAGAACUUCAUCCAUGCAAAUACUGCAAAAAGGUAUUUGGAACUCACACCAAUAUGAGACGACAUCAGCGUAGAGUUCAUGAGCGCCACCUGAUUCCCAAAGGUGUCAGGCGAAAAGGAGGACUCCUGGAAGAGCCCCAGCCACCAGCAGAGCAGGCUCCGCCCUCCCAGAGUGUCUAUGUCCCCAGCACAGAGCCAGAGGAGGAAGGGGAAACAGAUGACGUGUACAUCAUGGACAUUUCUAGCAACAUCUCUGAAAACCUAAACUACUAUAUUGACGGUAAGAUUCAGAGCAACAGCAGCACUAGUAACUGUGAUGUGAUUGAGAUGGAGUCUACUUCUGCACACUUGUACGGCAUAGACUGUCUGCUCGCUCCAGUGACCGUGGAGAUUACUCAGAACAUAAAGGGCACUCAGGUCUCGGUGACAGAUGAUCUUCUCAAAGACUCUCCCAGCAGCACAAAUUGUGAGUCUAAGAAACGGAGGACUGCCAGUCCACCUGUGCUCCCCAAAAUUAAAACGGAGACGGAGUCUGAUUCCACGGCACCCUCAUGUUCCCUAAGUUUGCCCCUGAGCAUAUCCACAGCCGAGGUGGUGUCCUUCCAUAAGGAGAAGGGCGUCUAUUUGUCGUCCAAGCUCAAGCAGCUUCUUCAGACCCAGGACAAGCUGACCCCUCCUGCAGGGUUUUCAGCAGCUGAGAUUCCCAAGUUAGGUCCCGUAUGCGCGUCUGCUCCUGCAUCCAUGUUGCCCGUGACCUCUAGUAGGUUUAAGAGACGCACCAGCUCUCCACCGAGCUCUCCACAGCACAGCCCUGCCCUUCGAGACUUCGGGAAACCAAAUGAUGGGAAGGCAGCAUGGACAGACACAGUCCUGACUUCCAAGAAACCCAAGUUAGAAAGUCGUAGUGACUCACCAGCAUGGAGUUUGUCUGGGAGAGAUGAAAGAGAAACCGGAAGCCCUCCUUGCUUUGACGAAUACAAAAUAUCAAAAGAAUGGGCAGCCAGUUCUACUUUCAGCAGUGUGUGCAACCAACAGCCAUUGGAUUUAUCCAGCGGGGUCAAACAGAAGUCGGAGGGCACAGGCAAGACUCCAGUCCCAUGGGAAUCUGUAUUGGAUCUCAGUGUGCAUAAAAAGCCUUGCGAUUCUGAAGGCAAGGAAUUCAAAGAGAACCAUUUGGCACAGCCAGCUGCAAAGAAGAAAAAACCAACCACCCGUAUGCUUCAAAAGGUUCUUCUCAAUGAGUAUAAUGGUGUUAGCUUACCUACAGAAACCACACCAGAGGUGACCAGGAGCCCAAGUCCUUGUAAAUCCCCAGAUACACAGCCAGAUCCUGAACUUGGUCCUGACUCGAGUUGCUCAGUCCCCACUGCUGAGUCUCCACCUGAAGUUGUUGGCCCUUCCUCACCCCCUCUCCAGACAGCCUCCUUAUCCUCAGGUCAGCUGCCUCCUCUCUUAACCCCCACAGAGCCUUCUUCCCCUCCCCCCCGCCCUCCUGUGUUAACUGUUGCCACUCCACCACCUCCCCUCCUUCCGACCGUCCCUCUCUCCCACCCCUCUUCUGAUGCCUCCCCUCAGCAGUGUCCCUCUCCGUUCUCAAACACCACUGCUCAGUCUCCUCUUCCCAUUCUCUCCCCAACAGUGUCCCCCUCUCCCUCUCCCAUUCCUCCUGUAGAGCCACUUAUGUCUGCUGCUUCCCCUGGUCCCCCAACACUUUCUUCCUCCUCCUCCUCUUCCUCUUCCUUCUCUUCCUCUUCCUGCUCCUCCACCUCCCCCUCCCCACCCCCUCUCUCAGCAGUGUCAUCUGUGGUUUCCUCUGGGGACAACCUGGAGGCGUCUCUGCCUGCAAUAACUUUCAAACAGGAGGAGUCAGAGAAUGAAGGUCUGAAACCCAAGGAAGAGGCCCCACCUGCAGGGGGACAGAGUGUGGUCCAAGAAACAUUCAGCAAAAACUUCGUCUGCAAUGUCUGUGAAUCGCCUUUCCUUUCCAUUAAAGACCUAACCAAACAUUUAUCCGUCCAUGCUGAAGAGUGGCCCUUCAAAUGUGAGUUUUGUGUGCAGCUGUUUAAGGUGAAGACUGAUCUAUCAGAGCAUCGAUUUCUGCUUCACGGGGUCGGAAACAUCUUUGUGUGUUCUGUAUGUAAGAAAGAGUUUGCCUUCCUAUGCAACCUGCAGCAGCACCAGCGUGAUCUCCACCCAGAUGAGGUGUGCACGCACCACGAGUUUGAAAGUGGGACCCUGAGGCCCCAGAACUUCACAGACCCCAGCAAGGCCAAUGUGGAGCAUAUGCCAAGUUUGCCAGAAGAGCCUUUAGAAACUUCUAGAGAGGAGGAGUUAAAUGAUUCCUCUGAAGAGCUUUACACGACCAUCAAAAUAAUGGCUUCUGGAAUAAAGACAAAAGAUCCAGAUGUUCGACUUGGUCUCAACCAGCACUACCCGAGCUUUAAACCUCCUCCAUUUCAGUACCACCAUCGAAACCCUAUGGGGAUUGGGGUGACAGCCACCAACUUCACCACCCACAAUAUUCCACAGACUUUCACUACUGCCAUCCGCUGCACAAAGUGUGGGAAGGGCGUCGACAAUAUGCCUGAGCUGCAUAAGCAUAUCUUGGCGUGUGCGUCUGCGAGUGACAAGAAGAGGUACACCCCUAAGAAAAACCCAGUGCCCCUGAAACAAACUGUGCAGCCCAAAAAUGGAGUGGUGGUUCUAGACAACUCUGGGAAAAAUGCCUUCAGACGGAUGGGGCAGCCCAAGAGACUGAGCUUCAAUGUUGAACUGGGUAAAAUGUCUCCAAACAAGCUCAAGCUCAGUGCGCUGAAGAAGAAAAACCAGCUGGUGCAGAAGGCCAUCCUUCAGAAGAACAGAGCCGCAAAGCAGAAGGCCGACCUGAGGGACACUUCCGAGGCGUCCUCACACAUCUGCCCGUACUGUGACAGGGAGUUCACAUACAUUGGCAGCCUGAAUAAGCAUGCCGCCUUCAGCUGUCCUAAAAAACCUCUUUCUCCUUCCAAAAGAAAAGUUUCCCAUUCGUCUAAGAAAGGUGGCCAUGCAUCAUCUUCUAGCAGUGACCGAAGCAGCAGCAGCAACCCCCGGAGGCGGACUGCAGAUACCGAGAUCAAGAUGCAGAGCACGCAGGCGCCCUUGGGCAAGACCAGAGCUCGGAGUACAGGCCCCGCCCAGGCCUCACUGCCCGCCUCGUCCUUCAGAUCCAGACAGAAUGUCAAAUUUGCAGCUUCAGUGAAAUCCAAAAAAGCAAGCUCUUCAUCCUUGAGGAAUUCCAGUCCCAUAAGAAUGGCCAAAAUUACUCACGUCGAGGGCAAAAAAUCCAAAGCUGUUGCCAAGAGUCAUUCUGCUCAGCUCUCAAGCAAAUCCUCCCGAAGCCUUCAUGUCAGAGUGCAGAAGAGCAAAGCUGUUAUACAGAGCAAGACUGCCCUGGCCAGUAAGAGGAGAACAGACCGAUUCAUAGUGAAAUCUAGAGAGCGCAGCGGGGGCCCAAUCACCCGAAGCCUUCAGCUGGCAGCUGCUGCGGACCUGAGUGAAAGCAGGAGAGAGGACAGCAGUGCCAGGCAUGAGCUGAAGGACUUCAGCUACAGUCUCCGCCUGGCGUCUCGAUGCGGCUCAUCAACAGCCUCUUACAUCACCCGACAAUGCAGAAAGGUCAAGGCCGCCGCAGCAACUCCGUUCCAGGGACCCUUCCUCAAAGAGUAGGCACUCUGUCUGCUCCUUAACAGCACCUGAAGUGACCUGGAAUCAGUGAAGCCAAAGGGACCAGCAGUCUGCCCUGCAGAGAGCACUGACCUCUCCCAGUUGUGAGAGUGAGAGAACGAGAGAGAGAGAGAGAGAGAGAGAGAGAGAGAGAGAGAGA